AUGCAGCAGCGAGGGAAGCAGAGGCAGCAACGAGAGCAGCAGAGGCUGCAUCUUACUUAUGCAUGUAGUAUUGCUUUUGGAAGUAAUUUUAGGGAUGGUUUUAUCAUUGUCCUCACCAAUUCGAUGGAUGCUCAGUUCAUUUACGGAUUCUGCCCGCCUGCUGUUUUAGAGCAUUUGGGAUUGAUUUCCUUGUCUUAUUCCCAUCACAGAAGAAAUUAUACUUUCCCUCGCAUAACACAAUUUACCUUCAUUAAUUCCCAUUCUCUUUCUCUUUGUUUAAUCUUAAAUUUCUACAUUUUCUUUCUUCUUUCACGUGGAUAUCAUCAUAUACGUCCCUGCAAUCAUACAUCUCACUUGUCCGCCAUAUAUCUUACGGAGACUAAAGAGAAUCGUUGUGAAGAAUGCGGAGGGGAAAUCUCUGGUACUGCCUUUACUUGUAAUUUGUGCGAGGUUUGGAAGCACAUUUCAUGUGCGGAUAAACUGAAUCGUGAUCUGCCUCUUGAGAUUAUUCACCCCCUCCACUUGCAACACCGACUUCAACUACAAUGGGAUUAUAAUUUUGAUUUCAUUUGUGAUAAAUGUUUGUAUAUAUCUACUGGUUAUAGAUACAAAUGUUUUUCAUGUGAUUUCAGUCUUGAUCUGACAUGUGCUCCUUCGGUCAGUGGUCAGCUGCCUAAAGAUCAAGAGCCAUUGAGAUUUCAAGAUGGAAAGAAAAAGACAAUCUUCCACUACAGCCACUGUCACGAGCUGAGCUUCUUCAAAUAUAGGAAGGAUAAAGUUGCAUCGGGAAAGCUCCCAUCCUCCUCACCCCCGCCCAUGGAAAACAAAGCUUUGUUUGUGGAGCAGAAUGAAGGGAAGUUUGUUUCGACCUAUCAUCCACUCACCAGAUAUAUUAUGUAAACUAAAGAGUUAAAAGGAGAAAAUUAUUGCAGGGGUUGUCGUUUGGUACUUAAUGGUUCAAGCUUCUUCUGUAAGACAUGUCCUGGUCUUCACCUACAUGAAAAAUGUGCUAAACUGUCAUAUGAGAUACAACACCCUUUUCAUUCUAACCAUCCUCUUAACCUCUAUACUUCAACUCGUUGGCGUGACCAGUUAAUUACAUGUGAUGAGUGUAGAGACAUUUGUCAUGACUUCAUAUACUUUUGCUAGCAGUGUAAUUUCAAGCUUGAUGUGAAAUGUACAGCUCUAACAACUCACAAAAUUGGGGUUUUAGAAGAGAAAAUGAAGGGUAGAGUAACUGAGUUGCACCAUUUCACCCAUCCCUAUAAACUUGUCCUUGCCAAUUGUAAUGAACCUGUAUACGAAACAGCAUGCAAAAUUUGUAAAUUGCAAAAUCUUAGGUCCAGCCUAUUUUUGCCCUCUGAGAUACUGCAGGUAUAUACUUCAUGAAUCUUGCCUUAGGUUGCCACAAAAGAUUCGAGUCCCAUUUCAUUUAAAUCACAUGUUGGGUAGUCGCCUGCUCCCUACACGUCAACAGUGUUAUGCUUGCACUAUGGAAUUACUCUCAGGUGAAUUUGUAUAUAGCUGUGAACAUUGUGACUUAAACCUCCAUGUUAUAUGUGCUAAUUCCUUAAGGCGACCAUUGAAAUGUGAAUUUCACUUGAAUGGUCUUUAUUUAUUUUGGGAGAAAUUGUAACUCAUUCUUUCAUUUUAUAAGGUCUGGAAAUUUCAAUUGUGAAGUACGUGAUGGAAGUUACGUAGGAGAGCCUUUUUAUCAUUGUCUAAAGUGUGAUAUCAAUUUUCAUUUGAAAUGUGUUCCCAUGCCAUAUACUGUGAAAUUCAUAUAUCAUAUUCAUCAUUUCAUCUUCAA